AUGCCUCUCGACAUCCAACGAGUUCCCGAGGACAUCCGAAAUACAAUAUUUCAGCACGUAAUUGACGAUGAGGCGGCUUCUCUCUAUUCAACCAACAUGCGAGAGAUCCGCAUGCCCAAGGCGACGACCACGUUGGCACUCGUAUGUCGCCAGUGGCAAAGACUCGUCUAUGGAACACCCGCCCUUUGGGCCGUUCUUGUGGUGAACAUCACAGAAAGACCUUGGGUUUUGGAAGCACGCUGUGCCCGGGUCGCAAGACAGGCGAAACAGGCUCCACUGGAUGUACUCGUGUCCUGUGUGCACCCAUCUGAUCUCUACGAUAACUAUCAAGUUGAUGCGGAGAUCCCAAGGGAGAUCACCGCGUUCAAGAAUCUAUUCACGUCUGACGUGAUGAUCCAAAGGCUUCGCGUGCACGUAAGCAACUACAAAGUUUACAAAUCGUGGCAGGAUGCAGGCAUAUUUGCCUCGAAAAGGAUUCAGGAUAUCUCAUACACAUUCUUACGUCGAUCCACCGAUUUCGCUCCUUCUUUACCCCUCGAUUCUGAACACCAAGCCCAUUUCAUGGUCAGCAUGAGCCUAAAACGCUUGCACCUGGGGGACCUGGGACUCAUACACUACUUGAAUCGCGGCGAGCUCCCGCCUAUGCCAAGUCUAGAGGUCCUGACGGUUGGUAGCCAGCAGGGCUACAACUGUAGUCCCGUCGUCCUGAACAGCAUCCUCAAGCAAUGUCCCAAUCUCGUCAAGCUGGACUACUCGGCGUUGAGACUCACCAACGAGCGUACAACGUCCACCGAAUUCAUCCAGCUCCCCAAACUGACCGAAUUGAUCACCGUUGUGAGUGACACACACCUCGCACCUUUCAAGCAUAUGGAACUUUCUGUACCAUCAAUGACGAGUUUCACCGCUCUCGAGUGGAGAAACGAUGGUAUCGAGGCUGUCAGAGACCUAUUCACUUUGAGUGAGAGGCUACAGACUAUUGCGCUAUAUAUUGACGACGCGAGCGACACUAAAAGCGCCCUUCGGGUCGCGCACAUGCUGCGGAACCUAACUCUCUUCUGUCGGUCGACAAGUUGCGGGAGUCAACUCCUCAUUCUUGCAACAACCGGCGGUCCAACUAUAUGGCCAUACCUAGAGAGCAUCAAACUCGAUAUGCCGUCCAUAUCUCCACGCACCUUUUCGCAACUCGUACGUGCCUAUUUCCUUCCUUGGAAGGAGGGUAGAACGCAAAGCGGGAGGGUGCCUGUAAAGCUUUUGAGGCUACGGAUUUCUGAAGAAAUCUUUUCGAAUAAUCUUAUGCAAGUCAAGAUGACCACGGAGUGGAAGUCGGCGAAGGUGACGAGCUGCGCUGGAGGUAGGUACGAGUUGUAUUGGCCAAAUAGAUGA